UUAUCUUUUGUCACCUCCCUUUACAUUUACAAUUGGCUUCAUUUGAUUAGAACGGACUAACGGAGUAGUUGUCAUCCCAUACUCAACCAACCUCCUGACCUUAUCCCUAUAAAAACAAUCCUCCAUCUCCCCUUUUCCUCUCACAAAAUCCACCCCCAUUUCCCUUCUCUCUUUCCACGAAAAUGGCGUCGUCGUCGUCAAUGGCCUCCCUCUCUCUACUUCUCCUUUUCUCUCUCCUCGCCGUCUCCUCCGCCGUCGAUAUGUCGAUCAUCAGUUACGACCACAACCACAACCUCCUCCCCUCGUCGUCCCGCUCCGACGACGAGGUGAUGAGAAUCUACGAGUCAUGGCUGGUCCAACACCGCAAAAACUAUAAUGCUCUCGGUGAAAAGGAGAAGAGAUUCGCGAUCUUUAAGGAUAACUUGGAGUUCAUCGAUCAACAUAAUUCCGAUGAUUCACAAACCUUCAAAGUUGGGCUUAAUAAGUUCGCCGAUUUGACCAACGAGGAGUUCCGAUCUGUUUACCUUGGGAGGAAGAAGAGUUCUUCAUCUUCCCCGUUGUUGUCGUCGGCGAAAUCGAAGGUGAAGAGCGAUCGGUAUUUGUUCAAAGAAGGCGAUGAGUUGCCGGAAGCCGUUGACUGGAGGAAGAAUGGCGCUGUUGCUAAGGUCAAGGACCAAGGGCAAUGCGGGAGUUGUUGGGCAUUCUCCACUAUUGCUGCUGUGGAAGGGAUCAACCAGAUUGUUACUGGGGAGCUGUUGUCGUUGUCUGAACAAGAGCUCGUAGAUUGUGACACAUCUUACAACUCUGGAUGUGAUGGUGGACUUAUGGACUACGCAUAUGAAUUCAUCAUUAACAAUGGUGGCAUUGAUACUGAUGCAGACUAUCCUUACACAGCAAAAGACGGCAAAUGUGACCAGUACAGGAAGAAUGCCAAGGUUGUUACAAUUGAUGAUUUUGAGGAUGUCCCUGAAAAUGACGAGAAGGCAUUGCAGAAGGCAGUUGCUCACCAGCCUGUUAGUGUUGCCAUUGAAGCUGGUGGCAGUACCUUCCAGUUUUAUCAAUCGGGUGUUUUUACCGGAAAGUGUGGAGCAGAUCUUGAUCAUGGUGUUGUGGCAGUUGGUUAUGGCAGCGAUGAUGGGAAGGACUACUGGAUUGUAAGGAAUUCAUGGGGUGCUGAUUGGGGAGAGAGUGGUUACAUAAGAAUGGAGAGAAAUUUGGAAACCGUGAAAACUGGUAAAUGUGGUAUUGCAAUUGAGCCUUCAUACCCGAUAAAGAACAGCCAGAACCCUCCUAACCCAGGUCCCACUCCUCCAUCUCCUCCAUCUCCCGCGUCAGCUGAUGUAACUUGUGAUGAGUACUACACAUGCCCUUCUUCUACCACUUGCUGCUGUGUUUAUGAAUACGGCCCUUACUGCUUUGCAUGGGGUUGCUGCCCAUUGGAGUCAGCUGUCUGCUGUGCUGACCACUCUAGCUGCUGCCCUCAUGACUACCCCGUCUGUAAUGCUAGGAAGGGUACUUGCAAUGCGAGCAAGAACAGUCCAUUCAGUGUUAAAGCUUUGAAGCGUACUCCUGCAAAGCACCAUGCAAAGUUCGGCAUUUUUUAAGCACUUGACAUUGCAAGCUUGGUAACUGCAAAGCAUUUCUCAACUUGGCAACUGAAGAAUACUGAAGAACUAGGGUUGCUUAGGUUGGCUCAUCUCAUUAAGGGGAUCCCAUUGUUCACCAUGGCAUUGUUUCUUUCAGCUUGGUGGUUUUGUACAUAUUAUCUAAAUCCCUAAAUUGUUCUAGCACUCUUUAUGGCAACUGAACUAUUCAAAGACAUGGCACAAUGUACGGAAUUACUGUUUAUGUAAAUAGUUUCAGCUACCCGCAGUUCAUUAUGUUUUCUUAUUCAA